UAAGUCAGUCACCCACCAAUCAUCAUCAGUGCUGUAAACAGAACCUCGGGCAUGCAGGGUAAACGGUCCGGGAGUGCUAUGCGAGACACCAGACACUAGAUAAGAUUAUUGUGAAGCUGAUAUGCUGGAUGCCAUUAGCAGAUAUGUACUGACGAAGAAGACAGAACGAGUGAGUUGUGUCUUUGGCUGCAAGAGACGAACAGCAAGGUCGGUUGCCAGUUCUCUAUGUGAUCAGUUAGUUGUGCGUGUGUCGACAGUGUAGGAGGUGGCGUGGUGGCUCUGACAGCAUGGCGGAGGGCCCUGAUUCCGUCACGAGUGCCAUAUUACGCAGUAGUACAAACACUCCGCCAACAUCUGUAGGUCCAUACAACAUUGCCUGUAGCAUUUCUAGUGACUGUGAUAAUUUUAUAAGUGAUAGUGUAGAGAGUGUUAGUGCAGAUAGUGAAACAAUCUUAUUCAAUACUAGAUUAGCUGCCAAAAGACCCGCGACCCUCAAACUGGAGAAUUGUAGGCAUCCACCUCACCUGAGUCCUAUUACAACAGUCUCAACAAGUCCUCAGCCAUCGAUUGAGCAAUACGCUUCUUCGAGAACUCUGAACCUGUCCUUCAGCGAGCUUUCUUACUCUGUGAAAACCGGGAUAAGACGAGAGUCUAAAUGCAUCCUGAAGCAAAUAAGCGGAGAAUUUCAGUCUGGCGAGCUGACAGCCAUCAUGGGACCUUCAGGAGCCGGCAAGUCCACACUGCUGGACAUUCUCGCAGGAUACAAGAGAAAUGGAAUUACAGGUUCAAUAAUGAUUAACGGCGUUGAAAGGGAUAUCGGUCAAUUCCGGAGACAGUCGAGCUACAUCAUGCAGGAUGACAAACUACACCCCCUGCUCAAAGUUCAUGAAGCCAUGACCAUUGCUGCCAACCUCAAGCUUGGGACCGAAUUUUCCCCUAAACAUAAGCAAGAAAGGACUGACCAAAUUAUUAGAGCCAUGGGCUUAUCUGAGGUGCAGAAAACAAUGACUGGAAGUCUCUCGGGUGGACAGCGAAAAAGGCUCGCCAUUGCUCUUGAACUAGUCAACAAUCCGCCAGUAAUGUUUUUUGACGAACCCACAAGUGGUCUUGACAGUUGUACAUCGAGGCAGUGUCUAGCAGUGCUGAAGUUACUAGCCAAAGAGGGUCGCACUGUGAUCUGCACCAUACACCAACCAAGCGCCUCUUUGUUCGAGAUGUUCGAUCAUCUGUACGUUAUAACAGAAGGAAGGUGUAUUUACCAAGGAAGCAUUAAGGGCAUGGUACCCUACUUAUCUGAAGUAGGGUUGGAGUGUCCGUCGUACCACAACCCUGCAGAUUUUGUGCUGGAAGUGUCAACGGGUGAAUACGGGAACCACAUACAGAAUGGCAAAUGUAACGACUGGAGAAGGAGACAAAGAGAGACGAGCUCUUUCUCCCGUCUUGGACCAGUGCCGCCAGGCUUCAUGACUCCUGUCCAUACACCUCGCAUUCCGCGUACUCCAGCACCAGUUCGUGGGAGUCAUGUACAAGAAUACGGAACUAAGAAUGCUGAUACUGCAAGAAGACACGUCAGACACUAUCCUACUUCUCUCCUGAGCCAAUUUCUUUGUCUACUUCUAAGAACAUUCUUCUUGACUCUUAGGGACAAGUUCCUGACGGUGGCCCGGAUAAUGAUCCACUUGAUUGUCGGUGUUAUGAUCGGAUUGAUCUAUUAUCAGAUUGGAAAUGAUGCUGCGCACGUGUUUGACAACUUUGGCCUCCUCUACUUCUGUAUGAUGUUCCUUAUGUUUACUGCAUUUUCUUCAAUGAUAUUCACAUUUCCAUCUGAGAUUCCAAUCAUCUCUAGAGAGUAUUUUAAUCGCUGGUAUUCGCUGAAAUCCUACUACCUGGCCAUCACACUGGCUGAUGUACCAAUACAAGUCACAUGCUCAAUUGGCUAUACGCUGGUGGUGUAUUACAUGACGGCACAACCGCCCGAUGCCGUUCGCUACAUUCUCUUUCUCACGAUAUGCAUUAUGGUAGCGAUGGUGGCUCAGAGCAUUGGCCUUCUCAUUGGAGUGUCCAUGAACAUUCAGAACGGAAUGAUAUGGGGUGCAUUGGCGAUAAUGCCGUUCACCAUCUUUUCUGGUUUCUUCGUGCACAUGAACGAUGCGCCGGUAUACUUCCGAUGGUUGUUCCACAUCAGUUACCUCAAGUAUGGUCUAGAUGGAGCCCUGAUCUCUAUCUAUAGCUACGAACGCAAGGAACUUGAAUGCGCCAUCGACUACUGCCACUACAUGAGCCCCAAGAAAUUCCUAGAAACCCUUGACAUGGGCAACGGCUCCUAUUAUUUCAAUACCCUCAUCCUUGCUAUUAUGUUCUUAUCUCUAAGACUCAUUAGUUAUUUCAUUUUACUCUACAGACUUAAAAACAGACGCUGACACGUACCGUAGAAUGUUGGCCGAUAAAAGUUUUGUACUACGUCCUAGUAUGUUACCAAAGUGAAAAUUUCUUCAAGUGCCUAUGACGAGGCUUCUCAUUCCUGCAGUUACGGACAGGUCCCCCCCCCCACCACAAAGUUGUUCCCCUUCCGGAGACUUCUGCUCGCCAGUCGUCCGCAUUAUUCAUUUUACACGACAAAAAAUUAUUCUCUAACUUGCACGAAGAUGAAAAUAUAAAUCUCGUGUCUUUCCCGACAUAUACAGGGUAAUUGAGUGGGUGGUUACUAACAAAAGGACCUAAGUUCUUGAUUUUAAUAAACACUUGCAUGCCAAAUGUCAUACCCAAGACUGGUUUUUGUAAAAGACAAAAACAUUUUUUAAUAUUAUAUUUAGAAAAAUUCAAUAGUUUUUUUUAACACCUAGUGAUAUGGGGCGUACUCUGGGAAGAAAAUGCAUAUUGAAUAGUUCCUACAUGCACAUAUUCAUGUAUGGAGGAGAAAAUUUAAAAUAGACCAAAGCAAAUAUUAGAAUGAUGAGAUAUAGAUAAGAUUUUUAAAUAGUAUGAGACGGGAAAAAAGGAGAUGAAACACAAAAAAAAUCUAAAGUUACAUCAAAAAAAUAUCCAGCAGUUCUGGAAAGACAGAUUUGUGUAUGUGUCCGGUUCAGCUGUGUAAUGAAUCGCUGUUCAAUAGACCAUAUUUGUGUAAGGCAUUUGUCUUGGAGAAAAAUCUGCCGUUGUUUAAAUCAAAAUGAUUGUCUUACUUUAAAAUUGACUUAAUUUAUGUAAGAUUUGAGGUUUUCACAGCGACGAGUAUGAAGAUUUCCGUCUUCUGGGUUGUUGUUGUUGAAUAUAUUCAUCGCCCUGAUGACGGAGGCAGUAUGACCUCUGAAAAGUCGGCUAACAUCCACCAGACUACACAGCGCAACAACCCAGAAAUCUGACUUGUUUUACUUAAUAUAGUAUAUUGUUAACUAUCUGAGCAUGCAAGGUCCAUUGUUUUUUUCAUCUUCUAAAUCCUUUGCAGAUUUUAAUGAAAUUUGGUACAUGAUAGACCCCCAAAACUAACUCCAGAAGACACUGAAAUAUGUGGCAGAAUCAAACGAAGCCUUGAACAUACCGUGUUCAAUACUAAAAUAAUUGCUAUUUACCACGUUAAGUGCAGCAUGAUAAACCAACUCUUAACACGUUUGUGUAUAUGUGAUAACAUUGUCAAUAAAUAAUAUUUUGUAUUGUAUAAAUACAGGAUACUGCCAAUAUGGAUUUAUAUACACUUUUUUUACACUGUUGAAGCAGUAAGGCGAGCCUAUUGUGCUACAAAGACAAUAUUUUAAAAUACUGUUUUACCUGUAUCAAAUAGGCUAUUAAGAGGAAUGGGAUGUCUGAAUUGAACGUGUAAUAAAAUAAACUGAUGAACCACUUCAAUUCCUUAUCAUUUUCAGGACACUAAAAGUAUUUACAAACUCCUCACAAUGCUCACUUUGGCAUCUUCCCGCCCAUUCAUCCAGAAUCAUCAGCAUCACAGAUAAUACCAACAUAUGAAAAACUAAGAUUUGAGGUUUUCGCAACGGUGAGUAUGAAGAUUUCCGUCGUCUGGGUUGUUGCGCUGUGUAGUCUGGUCGAUGUUAACCAAUGUUUCAGAGGUCAUACUGCCUCCAUCAUCAGGGCGACAGAAAGCAGAAAUCUUAUAUGAAAAACUCUUUAGCUAUCUAUAUAUAGUAAACAAUGAACACCA